GUCGGAGUGGUGGUGGGAGCGGUCGGAGUGGUGGUGGGAGCGGUGGUGGGAGCGGCGAGAGUGGCAGUCAGACUCGCAGCAACAGCACCAGCAGCAGCGUCAGCCUGAUCAACCUCAACAGCCUUCGCCACGGCUGGGAAAACGCCAGGCUGAACGGCAACGGGGACCUGGACUCGAGCUUCUCGGCGUCAUCGUCGUCAUCGCUGCCCCCCCCUGCGCCCGGGCGCCAAGAUCACCUGCUCAUGAUCAACCUGGUCAUGACCUACGUCAACCUGCUGCGCAACUGCCGCGCUGUCUUCACCCGCCUGUACCACGCCCUUCAGGUCACGCCGUCGCCCGAGUCUGACGCGAUGCUGAGCCUCCCGAGCCUGCAGUUUGGCGACUUCCAGCUCGAGAACAACGUCUCCAUCCAGGUCAAGGUCCUCAUCGAGCUCACGUCGGGCAUGCUCCAGCGCAUCGGCAACGCGCUCGGCAUCAACACGGGAACGGGCUCGGGCAUUUCGUCGUCGCCGGGUGACCACAACUACCGGCUGCCCUUUCUCAACGACCCGGUUGCCGUGUCGACCCGCGAGAUCAUACUAUCGCAGGAGAGCAUGCAAGGCGGCGUCCAUGGCGGCGAGCCCCCUCUGACGGACAUUAUGAGCAAUCUCAACCGGCUGUUGGAGCGCAGAUGAUUACCUGCCUGCCUAGGCAGCAUUCUUCCCUUUCUCAGACACUGGCUGUUCAGUCCUCGAUCAGUUGGAAAACCCAACGCACAUUUUCAUGACUCGAGCGCGCGCUACUGCAGGAUACCUAUUAGCAUGAAAAUGAAAACAAAGAAAAAAAGUCCCAAAAAGAAGACCAUUCCAGAACCCGCAUGCCACUAAAACAAACUUGCAUUAAAACAAACAUGCCACUAAAACAAACAUGCACUAAAAUAAGCAUGCCACUAAAACAAACAUGCCACUAAAACAA